UCCACACAUUAAAGAGGACCAGGAGGAACUCUGGAUCAGUCAGGAGGGAGAGCAGCUUCAAGGGCUGGAGGAGGCUGAUAUCAUCAACUUCCUUUUCACUCCUGUCCCUGUGAAGAGUGAAGAUGAUGAAGAGAAACCUCAGUCCUCACAGCUUCAUCAAAGGCACACUGAACAGAUGGAAAUAGAAGUUGAAGUAGAGGACUGUGGAGGACCAGAACCAGAUACACAUCUACAACUUGAGUCUGAUGACAAGACUGGAAAAUCUUCUGAACCUGAGACUGAUGCCAGCGAUGAAUGCAAAGAGACCAGAGAACCUCAGUCAGGUUUAAACUCUCUUAAAACUGAUCAAGUCCCUGUCAGUGACUUGAUUGGUGGUAAAAAACCAUUUAGCUGCUCUGAGUGUGGGAAAAGAUUUGGUCGAACUGGACAGCUGAAGGAACACAUGAAAACUCAUACAGGAGAGAAACCAUUUAGCUGCUCUGAGUGUGAAAAAGCAUUUAGAUGCAAGUCAGCUCUGAAGGAACACAUGAACACCCACACAGGAGAAAAACCAUACAGUUGCACUGACUGUGGGAAAAGAUUUGGUAAUCGGGGAACAAUGAGGAUGCACAUGACAUUGCAUACAGGAAUAAAACCAGUGAGCUGCUCUGAGUGUGGGAAAGGAUUUGACAACAAAGGAAAAUUGAAGGUACACAUGAGAAGCCAUACAGGAGAGAAACCUUUCAGCUGUUCAGUUUGUAGAAAAUCAUUUAUGUGCAGUGGACGUUUACGCAUUCACAUGAAAUUGCAUUCUGGAGAAAGCUUCAGCUGUUCAGUUUGUCAAAAAUCUUUUAUACUGAAAGGGAAUUUGAAAGCACACAUGAAAACUCACACUGGAGAGAAACCUUACAGGUGCACUGUUUGUAUGAAAUCUUUUCUACAGAAAGGGACCUUGGAGGAACACAUAAGAACUCAUACUGGAGAGAAACGUUUUUGCUGCAGUGUUUGUAUGAAAUCUUUUACACAGAGUGGGACCUUGAAAGCACACAUGAGAACUCACACUGGAGAGAAACCUCACAGGUGCACUGUUUGUAUGAAAUCUUUUCUACAGAAAGGGACCUUGAAAGCACACAUGAGAACUCACACUGGAGAGAAACCUUUUCGCUGCAGUGUUUGUAUGAAAUCUUUUACACAGGGUGGAAUUUUAAAGACACAUAUGAAAACCCACACAGGAUAGAAUAGAAUUUUCAGAUAGAAAAUGACUUUUCAGCUCCUCCCACAAAGACUUUAAUUGUUCCAAACUACAGUGGAUUGAGAUCUACUUGAUACUUUUAUACUCAUGUUAUAGUUUAGUGUCCUGUACUGCCACCCUUUAAACCGCUGUAGCUCCAGUGCUGUGUGCAAAAACAUUCAUGUACAGCCCUGCUGUUUAUUUUACAUAGUUUUUCAUUUACAUGU